UCCUGAAACGCUCCGUGCUCCACCGCGGAGGCAGCUUUUCAUUGCAUAGCUGGGGAGGCUUGCUUUGGCGCACUUCCGCAGCUGACUUUUUGGUGUUCACUGGGAAGAAAAAGCACCUUUCACAUUUGGACUGGACUGUUUUCUUUCUUUUUUUUUCUAGCGCGAGAAAAACCAUCUCCAAACUCUCUACGAGCAGGAGUCCAACUCAGGAGGAGAAGUAGAUGCUGUGACCAAAUAAAGGGGGGCUCCCUUUGGUUCUUACAGUUUAGAAAGUAUCUCCGGCAGUUUAGUGUUAAUUAGAAAGCGUUUUUUAAUUUAUUUUUUGCUGUACAUUUUUUCUGCUUUUUCCCCAUACUGGGCUCUGACAUUCAAGGAUGUGUGCGCCAAACCGCUCUCAGUCGCUUUAUUGAUGGGGGAUGACCAAGUGUAAGAACAAGGACGCUUCGAUCAGAAGAAACGUCAAGUGAGAAGUACCUUACCAUGGAUCUGUAACUAAAGCUUUUUUUCUAUUUGUCCUUUUUUAUUGCGUGUUUUUUAAAAUAUAUUUCUAAACGGACUAGGAGGACUGGGUCAACCUCCAUCGGUGUAGUUCAGGGGUCACGGCCAGUGGAUCAACGACAAAAAGGAGGGGAGGCUACUUUGUCUGCCUUGCACUGGCUGUUUUAUUUAUCGUUUUUUUAAAGAAAAAAACUGGGGUUCUCUUGUGAAAAACUUUCAUUUUGGACGUUUUGGCGCAUGACGUGCUUAAGGAAUGAGCGCCGCCGCUGUCGUUUCCCUCCUCUGGUUUAGGAGACACCAGAAAAGACCCGCUGUCCUGUCCCAUGAAAAGUGGACCCAACUCUGAGCUCCUUUCUCCUCCUUCCCAUGAAUUAUUUUCAUAAAUUGAAUAUGUUUUUCAUUUUUUUGGUCACAGACUCACUGAGUCCACAUUUUUAAAUUUAAAAAAUCUAUUUAAAAGGAGCUCUUCCCACAGGCUGCAGCUCACUGUCUUUCUGUAUAAACUAUUGUGGCCAGUUGAAUCGACUGUUUUUUUGACCCCCUCUACUGCAUCCCCCCACGCCCUCAGCCCAAUUUUACCGAUGGAGAUUCACUGUAAGCACGACCCGUUUGCAGCAAUGCACAGACAUGGUGGAGUGAACCAGCUCGGGGGAGUGUUUGUAAAUGGCAGGCCCCUCCCAGAUGUAGUCCGACAGCGAAUAGUAGAACUCGCCCAUCAGGGGGUUCGGCCCUGUGACAUCUCACGCCAACUGAGGGUCAGCCAUGGAUGUGUCAGCAAAAUACUGGGCAGGUACUAUGAGACGGGCAGCAUCCGGCCCGGUGUGAUCGGGGGCUCAAAACCAAAGGUUGCUACACCCAAAGUGGUCGACAAGAUUGCCGAUUACAAACGCCAAAACCCCACCAUGUUUGCCUGGGAGAUUCGGGAUAGACUCCUUGCCGAGAGAGUCUGUGACAACGACAGCGUCCCCAGCGUCAGCUCCAUCAACAGGAUCAUACGGACUAAGGUUCAGCAGCAGCCCGGUCAAACGGGCUCAGUGUCGGCUCACAGCUUAGCGACGUCUGUGGCUGCCUCGCAGGUCCCAGCAGUGACCAGCGACUCAGCGGGUUCCUCAUACUCCAUCAGUGGCAUCCUGGGGAUCAGCUCAGCAGCUGAUGUUGGCAAGAGGAAAAGGGACGAAGGAUUGCAAGAGUCGCCACUGGCAAACGGACAUGGCCACAGUGGGCGGGACUUCCUCAGGAAGCAGAUGAGAGGGGAGCUGUUCUCACCACAGCAGAUCGAGGUAUUGGACCGCCUCUUUGACAGACAGCCAUCCUGUCCAAUCCAAUCCAGCACUGAGCUCUAUGUGAGCCCUGACUCUGGCAAGACAUCAGAUUACUCUGCCAUGGCCUCGCUAGCAGGUGGACUAGAUGAAAUGAAGAACAGUUUAACCAAUCCAGGCACAGCGGGGGAGUUAGGAUCCAGUGUUUCCGGUCCACAGUCCUACUCACUAGUUCCAGGUCGAGAUUUGGCAAGCACAACUCUGCCAGGGUACCCCCCUCAUGUCCCUCCCACCGGACAGGGCAGCUACUCCACCCCAUCCCUCCCUGGCAUGGUACCUGGUGGAGAUUUUUCCGGAAGUCCAUAUUCCCAUCCGCAGUAUUCCACAUACAACGAGUCAUGGAGAUUUCCAAAUCCCAGCCUCUUAGUGUUUCAGCAGGAUUAUGGGUCUCUCUUGGGGACGGAGAUCGGCUGCUCGUCCAGUCUCUUCACUACUCAGGCAGGACAGAUGCAAGGAUCACCAUACUAUUACAGUGCAACAUCACGGGGAGCAGGCCCUGCUGCCACGGCAACAGCCUCCGCUUACGAUCGCCACUGACACCCCCCACAUCCUGCAAAGAGGGGAGAAGAAGGAGCAUUAGAGGAAAAAUGGAGGGAGGGAUGGAUAGCACCAGCACUGUUCCGUAAAAACUCACGUUUGCACAGACCAAGACAGGAUUUUGAGUCUUUGAUAGCUGUGAUUUUGACUCUUAAACAAAACAACACUUCUUUGCUGCAGCACAAUACUGUCGGGGUUCAAUUGACCAUAAGAAUAUGGGACUUACUGUGUCAGAAAGUCUUAUCAAGACAACCUGUAGCCCAUUUAUAAAGACUAAGUGUUUGGAUUUGGGUAAAAUGUGAUUUUGUGCUAGGGACAUUGUCAAGCUGACCAGAACAAAAUCUCUUCUUUUUUUUCGGACAGUAUUUUAACAACUUUACAUAGUUUAUUUUAAAUCCAUGCUUCAGUAAGAAAAUGACAAUCCAAUUCUUGCAAACAAAAUCUCUACUUGCUGCACAUUUCUUUCAAAAUCCUAACACAGAAAAGACCAUUUUUUUAAGGGACUUUCCUUAAUUUGCUUUACAAUGUUUGUGUUUUAUCGCCAAAAACACUUUUUAAAGAAAAAUAAUAUCAAAAUAUGAAAAUGUGAACAUCAAAUUAAUUGAGUUGCUGUUCAAUAUGAGUUACAUGUAAAUCAGAUUGACCACUUGGGUAUUUUCCUAUGUGAAGACCAAAUUAAUUUUUGCUAAUUCUCUAUUUUGUCCUUCAAAGCCUUUACUAGGCUAAGAUAAUUAUUGGGAAACUUUUCCCAGGUGUCUCAAAAUCCAAAACUGGAUUGGCCUCAUGACUGUUGAAGUGUUAUUAGAUAAUUGCUGAUAGGGUUGGGGCUAAGCCAACAGCAGCUGAGGCCAAACCAGUUCUUAUUCCUCUAGAAAACAAAAAGAUUUUUUUAAAAUUAAUCUUUCACAUCUGCUCUUGAAUUUUAUAAAAUUUUUGUUCACAUCAAACCAAACUUGCUGUACAGGAAGGUGCUGUCCUACCUCCCCAUAGCCAGGAAGGCGCAGUCAUGAUCAAGAGCUAUUUAUGACGGAGGAGAAAGAGUAAUAUAUUAAAAAUCUUUUCUGCUCUGCGAUGAGAGUGAAUGCCUGUGAUGAUUUAUAUUAGUGUCGAUCUGUUGUGCUAGAAUAGUGAUGAUCUGAUGAUGCAGAUCAUCAGAAAAACUUUCAGUAUGAGAAGAUCUUUUUGUUUGUUUGAAAUGUGAUCAGAUUGCCAUUUUCCUGUUUAUGGUUUGACAUAGGUGCCACUUAAUAAGAUGCCAUUUUAUGGCCUCCUAUUUAGAAAGAAAAUACAAAAAAAAAACAGGAAGCAAAACGGUCCGUCUUCCUGUCUCUCCUGAAACUCCCCAAAGAUGGCCCCCCCAAGUGGAUCGGCUGACAAAAGCACAAAGAUUCUCAAUCAUCAUCUCAAAGGUGCCGUUUAUAACUUAGUUCAGUGUGACCACGUUCUUUAGUUCUUUCCCUCGCCUUUGAGUGUUUGUCCUGAUGCUGUUUGGAACCGUUUGAUUCCUUUAAACCACAGUUUUUUGUGGGGGGAAAAAAAAGCAUGUGAACAUUUCUCUUGUUUUUUUUGUCUCCAUACGUUCUGCGCUGUGACAAUGCUUGACACCAGGGUCGAGGCCUUACCCAUCAUGUUCAGAGAACAGAUUUGCCCUGAAGUGCUGAUCUGGAAUCAGUGUGUUGCUCUUCUCAGAUGUCAGAGGUCGCACAACGUUGAUCUUGUGAUAGGGUAUCGUCUUUCUUAUCUUGUAGCUUCCUGUUUUAAUUCUGCCUAUCGGUGAAAGAGGGAAGAGGUCACAAUUUUGAUAGAAUUUCAAUUAUGUUAAUCGCAGAUGUGGAGGGUUUUUUCUGAUCAUAAAAAGACUAAAACUAUGUGGUGUUUUCAUCAAUAACUGUUGACUUUCUAACUUAAUUUUCAUUGCUUGUAGUUUUACCUACAAAAAGAGAACUGGAUUCAACGCACCAAAUCUGCAGCAUGAGACAUAAAGUAUUAUAUAGACACCAAACAAAAGUUAAUUUUACUGUAUUUGUUUUGUUUUUUUGAUAGUCAUGGAGUUUUAUCAUUUGUAGACUCUAAAAUUGUACACAACUAAAAAGAAGAUUCUUGUGACUGCCCACCUGUUGAGCUGCUUGUGUCCACCUCAGCAGGAGACUUUUCCUUACUUCUAUCCUUCUAAGGCAUUAUUGAACCUGAACCACACCAGCGGAAAACAAGGACAGUGCCUUUAGUUUUAUAUGUCAACCCCAACCGACCGAGAGUCACUAAAACAAGAUUCCUCCCUAUUAUUCCUUUUGUAAAACUCAAUCAUCCACCCUGCUUAGCACACGCUUGUAGGUCAACGAUUGUUUCCACGAUGCAUCGACUGUUGCACCAUAGCUCUGAUGACGUGACUUAAAACGGAUUCACUAUUUUUAAAGAAAUGAAAUUUGGAUUGAUGUGGAUUAUGUUUUAUCUCAGAUUUCUUUAUCUUUUCUCAGCUUUGACUUAGCUGACAAAGCCCUUCUGCAACAAAGCCCCAUAAAAUGUAACCUUUUCAUUCCUCUCUCAAAUUUGUGUGUGUGUGUGUAUUAUCCCUUUCAGUUGGAAAACUGUGCUUUUCAAUGCAGUAUUUAAACAAAAAAGUACAUUAAAAAGGUUCACCUCAAAUGAACCCAAAUAAUUGAAAAUAACUAUUAACUCCUGGUGGGAAUCUGAAAAUCAUCUUAAACUGUGCUCUGUUUAGUUUUUGUUUUUAAAAAAAAUUGAAAUUCUUGUGAGGGACUUUUCACAACAUUUCAAUCUAAACUGGCAAAAUUGAAACAGAAAUUUGACACUUGAUGAAAAAAUGCACCAAAAUACAAGCCUAAUUCUUUCUGUGAGUUAACAUAGCCGUCAUGCCACGACAAUUUAGUGCGACUCAAAGGUAAAAUUUUCUGGAUUUUUCUCAAUUUUGAAUCAUCAAGUAGUCAAAAUAUCCAGUUUUACUCCUGGUUUAGGUUUUUACUACAAAAGUACAGAAGCCAGUUGCAGGUUAGUCUGCAAUCAGAUCUAUGUCCCCUGAAAUUUACAGCAACUUUUAGCAGUUUGCCACCAUUAAACAUCCUAAAAAGACUCAUGAAAGACAGUAUAAGCUAAAUUUACUGCAUCUGAAUUUAAGGAUUGGGCAUCAAAACAUAAUCUUUUACAGGAUGACUGAUGAGAGAAAGUUGAGUUCAGUACAUUGGCAUAAGAAAGAUCCAACAUUUUGAGAGCUAUUUGGCCAAAAACCUACUUUAAAAAAAAAUUACUUCUAUUUAAAGAUGCAUCUGAGACGAUAAUGUCCAAAUUCUUGGAGAUUUUCAUGCACAAUCCUUCAUAAGGGGUAAAUAUGACCAAUUGGGUGAAUAUGGAACAACCACUGGAAAAACCAAGUAUAAUGGGAAAGAGCCAAGUGGUCAGUCAUUGCAUUAGUUAAUCAGUCUGAAAAAAAGAACCACCACUUUUCUUUCCCUAUCAAAAGCCAAGCAACCAUGGUGUUUAUUUAAAGCAGUGUCUUUUUGAGGUUGCAGCCAGAUCUCCUGUAUGCACUUUCAAAAAAGCAAAAAUGUCACACAAAGACAAUGCCCGUAGUUUAAGUACAUUCCAAUGCUGUGUGUAAUUAUGCAUCUCCCAGUGAAGCACAGCUUGCUUUGCCAUUGCUUUGACCUGACUGGUUCACUUGCAGAGAGAAUGGAUUCUCACUGGCCAGCAGUUGUUUCAAUUGGCAGCUGUGACAUUGACUGCAGGCAUGUUGGGGGAUCUUGUCUUGUGGGUGGUACAGUAGAAAGCCUAGCGAGCAGAGGCCAAACACACACACACAUAAAUAUUAGUAAAGACACACUUGCUGCCUCCCUUUGUCCUUUGCAAAGUGGUGAUUGCCCCUCCUCUUAUGCCCCUGCCUUCCCCAGGGGAGCCCAAACCUGCUGUGCCAUCAGAAGCUCAUCCAGUCUUUUCAAACCCCCCUC